GUGGGGAGAGAGGAGAAAAAAAAAAAAAAGAGAGAAGAAAGCGGGAAGAGACGGCGGCGGAGCAGGGAGCGAGGGCACAGCCGGUGCUCGCCGGUCCCACGCACCAUGGGAGCCGGCACGGGGGGCCCGCGGGGACGUGGGGCUGCCGGGACGCUGCCCGCCCCGGGACGGUGACAGGGCAGGGGCUGGCUGGGAGGAACCCCCCCCCCCGCUGUGUCCCCGUGUCCCCUCUUCCCCGGCAGCACCGUGACACAGGUUUGUCCUUUCCGGAGCCCUCGGCCUCGCGAUGGGGCGGCUGUGACGGAGACGGGACACGGCGGGCGGCGGGGCAGGACGCGCGCUGGAGGCGUUGGAUGGGAACGGCGGCUCCCCAAGGGACACGGCUGGGGACGGCACUGUCCUGCACCCAGCUCUGAGGAUGCAGCAGCUUCUUCUGCUCGGCUCUUUCUGGUUCUUGGUGGCAUCCCCGGCAUUGAGCAUCUUGCAGCGGCCGACGGGGAGCCCAGCCCCCCCCCGCCUGCAGUACCUGCUGGAGCCCCUCCACCCCACGGUGCACACGCAGCGGGGUGCCACGGCCACCCUGCCCUGCGUCCUGCGCGCCCUGCCCCGCAACUACCGGGUGAAGUGGAGCAAGGUGGAGCCAGCCAACUACCGGGAGAGCAUCAUCAUCAUCACCAACGGGCUGUACCACAAGAACUACGGGCCGCUGAGCCCGCGGGUGCGCCUGCGGCACAGCCACCGCUACGAUGCCUCGCUCACCAUCACCGACGUGGCUCUGGAGGACGAGGGACGUUACCGCUGCCAGCUCGUCAACGGGCUGGAGGACGAGAGUGUCUCGCUCACGCUGCACCUCGAAGGCGUUGUCUUUCCCUACCAGCCCAGCAACGGGCGCUACAAAUUCAACUACCACGAAGCCAAGCGAGCCUGCGAGCAGCAGGACUCCCGCCUCGCCACCUACCAGCAGCUCUACAAAGCCUGGACGGAGGGUCUGGAUUGGUGCAACGCCGGCUGGAUCCUCGACGGGACCGUCCACUACCCCAUCAUCAACUCGCGGGAGCCCUGCGGCGGCCGCCUCCUCCUCCCGGGCGUUCGGACUUACGGGGCCAAGGACAAGCAGAAGGACCGAUUCGAUGCUUUCUGCUUCACUUCUGCUCUUCAAGGCCAGGUUUACUUCGUCCGGGGCCACUUGAACUUCAAGGAAGCCGGGCAAGCGUGUCGCAACCACGGGGCUGCCAUCGCCAAAGUGGGGCAGCUCUACUCGGCCUGGAAGUUUUCCCACCUGGAUCGCUGUGACGGGGGGUGGCUGGCGGACGGCAGCGUGCGGUACCCCAUCGCCACCCCCCGCGAGCGCUGCGGGGGGCUGCCCGACCCCGGCGUCCGCAGCUUCGGCUUUCCCAGCAAGGAGCUGAGGAGCUACGGCACCUACUGCUUCGCGGGGAAGUAGGAACGCCGGGAGGAGAGGUGGGCUGAGCGGAGGGGACGCUGGCGGGACGCUGGCUCUCGUCACCCAGGCAGAGAGAGCUUGAGGCAGGGUUUGAAGGGUGGAGGGGGGGGGGGGGUCAGGGGAGGGUCUCCUGGUGCUUUCGGGUGGUUCAGUGCACCCUCCGACAGAAGCGGUAGAGCCGGGUUUGGGUGCUUGGUGCAUCCUCUGAUGGAGCUUUGGGGCUUGUUGGGUGUUCAGGGCUCGCUGGAGAAAGCCAGACCCGUUGCUGGGGCAGGAAGGGGGGUUGAAUCCAGCCCCCCCAGUAGGCACCACAGGCUCCCCAUUCCCCAACCCCAGGGCGUCCCUCGCCCCAUCCUCACUCCCCACAAGGACUCUGGCUGGUGCAAGCGCGCGGGAGGGCUGGGCAUUAACGAGUGUGACUAAUGGAGUUUCGCCUUCUCAAUUAAUAAAGCGACGGUAAAGCUGCACGGCAAA